AUGUCAGGUACAAAAAUAUUAGUUUCUGGUGACGUUAAAGGAAAUUUUGAAACACUAAUAAAAAGAGUUACAACAGUAAAUUCAAAAGCUGGUCCUUUUGAUCUUUUGUUUUGUGUUGGUGAAUUUUUCGGAGAUAAUAAAGAGGAUAACAUGGCAGUCCUAAAUGGAGAAUUGAAAUUUCCAAUUUCUACUUAUAUUUUAGGUCCAUGUAAUCCACUUAAUGAAGAGUACUUUCCAGAUGAUGGAGGGUGUCUAACAGAAAAUUUAACAUAUCUUGGUAAAAAGGGAAUGUUUUUUUCAACACAAGGAUUAAAAAUAGCAUAUUUAAGUGGAAAAGAAAGUGCAGAAUUAAUGAAGUCUACCUUUGAUAAAAGUAUAGUCAAUGAUCUCAUAUAUCCUGUUAAAGCUUUACAUGGUUUUAUUGGUUGUGACAUUUUAUUGACAUCUGAUUGGCCUGAAGGAGUUACAAAGUUUUCAAAUAACAUACCCAAACAAAUUCCAGAAGGGUCAACAUUAAUAUCCCAAGUAGCAACUGCAUUAAAACCACGUUAUCAUUUUGCUGGAUUACACUGUCAUUAUGAAAGAACACCGUACAGAAAUCACCGAGUACUUAUUGAUACUGCUCAACAUGUAACAAGAUUUAUUGGUUUAAAUAGUGUAAAUAAUGAAUUGAAAGAAAAAUGGUUAUAUGCUUUUUCAAUAACACCACUUACUAAAAUGUCAAGAAAUGAUUUGGUGGCUCAGCCUGAUGUUGUUAGUGAAUUUCCUUACAUGGAUAUUAUAACAGAUAUUUUUAUGGAAGAUAAAAAAAAAGAAUUUGAAUCUAGUUCUGCUAAAUCAUAUUCUAAAUUUGACUUUAGUUAUUUAGAAGAAGAAGAUAAUAGGAAACGAAAGAAUGAGACCAAUUCGUAUGAUGGAAACGAGAAAAAAUCAAAUGCACCUUGUUGGUUUUGUUUAACUAAUGUAGAUGCUGAAAAGCAUCUUAUUGUUAGUAUUGGUACACAUUGUUAUGUUGCAAUGCCUAAAGGACCACUAAAUAAUAGGCAUAUUUUGAUUAUCAGUAACAAUCACACACAAUCUUUGGUUGCAGCAUCUCAAGAAAUUAGAGAUGAGAUUCGCAAGUAUAUAGAUGCUUUUACAUUGUUAUAUUCACAAGAUGAUCAGGCUGUUGUUGUGUUUGAAAGAAACUAUAAAACACAACAUCUUCAAGUAAAUUUGGUCCCUAUUCCUAAUGUAGCAGUAAAAUACCUAAAAACAUCGCUUCUAACAAUGGCAAGUCUUAAAGAUAUAGAUCUUACACUUUUAGAUAAGGAUGCUUUUAUAUGGAAUGAAAUUGAGGAAAAUAUACCUUAUUUUGUUAUAGAAUUUCCAGAUGGAUCCAAAUAUUUUACUAGAAAAAUGAAAAAUUUUCCUUUGCAAUUUGGUAGAGAAGUUUUAUGUUCAGCGAAACUUUUAAACAAUGAACAUAAAAUCGACUGGAAAAAUUGUACAAUGGAUAAACUUGAAGAAACCAGUAUUGCUAGAACUCUCAAACAAGAUUUUAAGAAUUUUGAUCCUUUUAUUAAUAAUGAUGAUUCAGAAUAA